AUGGCCGCUGGCAACCGCAAAGAGCGUCGAGCAAAAGAAGCAAACAAGACGACUCCACACCCGCUCGAUCCCACCACCGAGCUCGACGAAGAGAGCGUCAAGAACAUCCUGAAGCACCCAGACCGCGCUGGGCCGAAGGGCAAGACACUGUUCGAGCUGGCAGAUGAGCGACAGCGAGAGCUCGAUGCAGCGAAGCCAAAGAGCAGAAUCGUAGAGGUACAGGAAGCUCUGAAUGAGCCGGUUGGAGCUGUGGGCGAUGCCAUCCUCUACGCGAUCUCCAUGACCGCGCUGCACCUCACACUCGAUGUCAUCGUCUACAACCAAUACCGCGAGGCUAUACUCUGGGACGAGAUCUUUAAGCGCGCCGCCACUGCUUCACCUAUCUUCGCCAUUCUGGUGUACCUCACCCACGUCGAGUUCUCGUAUCGAUUCCCUGUACUGCGCAACCUUGCAUUCUUGGUUGGCUCUAUUGCAGCUGGCUGCUACAUCAUCUAUUCGGCAAACACAUACGGCUACUUCUACGUGAUGAAGGCGGCACCACCACUCGGCGCCCUGUGGGUCUGGAGUGUUAUCGAGAUGAGCCUUCCGUAUGCAGCAGCCAAUGUUGUUGCCGUGAUUGUCUACAUAUGGUGGAAUAAGUUUGACUUCUUCUGA